AUGCAGAUUCCAGUCAACUUAGCAGAGAGCAGCGGGCACUGCAGAUGGAAGGAUUAUAAGAGGACAGUAUUUUAUGUCUAUCUGCUGCUUACUUACUGUGAGCGUGCAAUGAUGCACUUCUCAGAGUUGGAGAUGAAAGAAAGAGAAAGUGGCCAUGCAACAACCAAAGACUCAGAGGUCUGCAAAUUUAGCCAAGCAGACUGGGAAAGCUCUAAAGGAAAUAAUGAAAAGAAGCCAAAGUCUGUCGUAUUAGAAGAUGCCAUUGCUGACCAGAAUGAUAGUGACAGAUGUGACUUUAAUAAUACAGGGAAUAAACUUGAUCGCUUUGAAACCCUAGAGGAAAACGAUCUUCAUCUUGAGAAAUGUUUCUUGGAGAGGCAGCCUCUAAAUGAAAGGACUGCAGAACUGCUGACCUCAGAUUAUCUCCCUAGUCCCACAUUGGGCGCCAAAUUUUCCAAUUAUCCAUUGAUGCCAACAAGACCAGUGCCAAGUUAUAUUCAGAGACCUGAUUAUGCUGAUCAUCCUUUAGGAAUGUCUGAAUCUGAACAGGCUCUCAAAGGUACUUCUCAAAUAAAAAUACUUUCCUCUGAAGAUUUAGAAGGCAUGCGGUUAGUGUGUAGGCUUGCGAGAGAAGUGUUGGAUGUUGCGGCGAUGAUAAUUAAACCAGGUGUAACUACUGAAGAAAUAGACCAUUCUGUCCAUUUAGCAUGCAUUUCAAGGAAUUGCUACCCUUCUCCACUGAAUUAUUAUAAUUUUCCUAAGUCAUGUUGUACUUCAGUGAAUGAAGUGAUCUGCCAUGGAAUUCCAGAUAGGAGACCCUUGCAAGAUGGUGAUAUUGUUAAUGUGGAUAUCACUAUUUAUCGAAAUGGUUAUCAUGGAGACCUGAAUGAGACAUUUUUUGUUGGAGAAGUGGAUGAGAGUGCAAGAAAACUGGUACAGACAACUUAUGAGUGUCUCAUGCAAGCAAUAGAUGCAGUGAAACCUGGAGUUCGAUAUAGAGAGCUGGGAAACAUUAUUCAGAAGCAUGCCCAAGCGAAUGGUUUCUCUGUUGUCCGGAGCUACUGUGGACAUGGAAUCCAUAAACUUUUCCAUACAGCCCCCAAUGUACCACAUUAUGCCAAAAAUAAAGCUGUUGGAGUGAUGAAGCCUGGUCAUGUAUUUACAAUUGAACCCAUGAUCUGUGAAGGUGGAUGGCAAGAUGAGACCUGGCCAGAUGGUUGGACAGCAGUGACAAGAGAUGGGAAACGAUCUGCUCAAUUUGAGCAUACCUUGCUAGUCACAGACACUGGCUGUGAAAUCUUAACCCGGCCACUGGAUAGUGUGGGUCCUCACUUCAUGUCCCAGUUUUAAGUUCUCCUAAGAUGACAUCUAAAUAAUAUCUUUUGACUGUGCUAUGCAUUUUCUUGAGAGUACAGGAUAGAGGAGGGUAUUUUAUCAUUUGUUUUGUUUUCAUGUCUAUAGCUAAAAGAAGAAUACAGCAUUGGGCGUGUGUACUUCAAGAACUUGUUGUGGGUCUGAAAAAGCCGUGAAGAAUAAAAAAUUUUUCUCUACUCCUUUCUUCUCUCCCAAUACCCUUCAUUCCCUGCUUCUCAUUUGUCUUUUAUUCAUCUUACCUUCAACAAGCUUAUAGUUACUUCUGUCACUGCUGUGACAGGCCACUCAGUGCCAUCUGUUUUCCAACUGAAUGUUGUUUGUAAAUGAGAAUUCUUGACACUUCAGCCAGAUUUUUUGCACCAGAUUUUUAAAAAAGAUACACCACACACAGACACACACGUGUAUGUAUAUGCAUGUAUGUAUAUAGACACAUGAACAUACAUAUAAAUAUGUGUGUGUGUUUUUAAAUUUCCAGAAACUCACAUGCUUGCUAAUACUUUGGACUGUGACUGACUUUGAUUCUGGUCUAAGGGUUAUGAGGGAAAGGAUGAUAUAAGAAAUAGGCCCAUUGUCUAUAUGAUACAUGAUGUAAUUUUCAAUUAGAUAAUUUUUUCUUCUUUCCCCCCAUUUUUCCUCAUGCUUUCCUCAGCUUCUGUUGUAACUGUGUUUGAGGAAACUUUCAAUCCAUGAGACUUAUUUCCAGCCUAGAGAUUCUUAAGACAUCCCAAUGAGGGCAACAAGUCUACUUAGGGAAGUGAUUAUCCUUUUCCCAGCUUAAGACAAAAUUCCAUUAAUAGUGGCUAACUCUGUUGGACCUAAUGGAGGAAUGCAAUAUACUGCUAUGGCAAACCUUCCUUAUAUUGAAAUUUAAACCAAAAAAGGAUUUAUAGAUGCCUGUCUCCUUUUUAUUUUAUUUCUUUUGCCUAUUUAGGGGGAUAGUCUUAGGGUACAGAUUGCCCUAGGAGAGAAGAUGUGAAAAGGCAGGUUUUUUACACAUAUCUAGCUUGUAUGAGGAAGAAAAAUAAAAUGCCUUUUGGAUGUCUGAUGUAAAAUUGAAUAGACCUAGUAUUAGUAUGAAACAAACGAUUGUAACCUACCAGGACAUUGAGAUUGCCCUUAGUAGUGGGGAGAAGCUUUCCCCCUAUCUCUGGUAAUGCCCUUCAAUUGGGAAACAUACCUUUUGGGUUAAAUAGGUUACCAAAUUGGAACCUUCAGCCUUGGGUAGGCAGUAAUAGUAACAAUAAUAAACUACCGUUGCUCCUUAAACUGUGAGAGUAAUCUCAGCUACCACUUUAGAUUUGAUAUCCUUCGAAAUUCUUGAGGUUAACCCCCAAUAAAUAAAGUUGAACAUAAAUAAAGCAAAACAUAAAAA